UCGACACAACACGGUCGUCAGCAGUGCUCGGCAAUCGCUCCUCGUGAGUUCUCGUCCUGGUCGUUGUCGUCGUCGCUUAUCGUGUCCGAGGUAGCACAGUGUCUAUAUUUCGCUUAUCAGCGAAAUGCCGUCGGUGCGGCAUUGUCCAUAGCAUACUUCUCCGCGUUGCCACAUAUCAAAGAAAACACUAAAAAUAUUGAAAAUGUUUUGGAUUCUACGCCGCACGGGCGCCGCCAACUUCUUCAACUCCCUCAACAACAACUGCAGCUUCUCCAGGAACAAUUCGAACGGAGGUAACCACAGCAACAGCACACAAGACAAAUAUGUGAAGCGUCCCCCACGGAAGGCAUACGGACGACUCAGUGCCGAGGCCGACGAUGUCGUGUCAAUGGGCCACAAAAUCGAUGAUCCGUUCGAUGAGCUAGACGACUUUGAAAUGCUUGGAGGAAACUCCAGUGCCGGCUGCAGCAGCCAUGCCAACAAUGGCAAUGGAGAGCCACCAGGUGAAGCCAAUGCCAACGUCAAUGUCAACGCGAAUGGGAAUGGGAAUGGCAGUCUGUCACUUUUAGCUUGCACGGACGCCGAUUGUCAGGGCAACUUUGUGGUGGAGAGCGCCCUGUGCGAGCUGGGGCUGUGCCACGCCAAAGGAAAAACAUCAAAGGAGCUGGCCGCUGCUGCUGCUGGGGGCACAUCCACAUCGAAGGAGAUUAACGAAAACACAAUAAGUCGACUGCAUGCCCUGGCCAUGGCUGACGAUGACGAUGACUACGAUGAGUCGCUUACCUGCAACGUGUGCGACCGGGCUUUCCAUUGUCACCGUCAACUUGCAUCGCACCAGCAGAAGAAACGUCACUUUGGUUGCAGUGGCUGCGACAGUUUGUUUCCCUCGCUAAUGCUGCUGGAGCACCACAAGGAGGAGUUCGAGCACUGGAGCGAUGAGGAGAUGGGACGACGCGUCUGCUGUCGACGCAAUCGAUGCGACGAUGAUUACUUCACAGACACCGACUCCUUCAUCAGCGAUGCGGAGAGCGAGGAUCUGGAGAGGCUGUUGUAGGGCGUGCCACGGACAAAAAGCAGCCAAGCCCCUGAGGCGACUGUGAUGGUGGGUGGCUGGAGGGCAGACAGUGGCAUUGACAGAGGUAAACUAAAUUUAAAUUAGUCUCCUCCGGAUGGGGCCGUGCCCCAAUGCUACGUAGACGGAGAGGCUUACUUACGGUGGCGUCCAGCGGCGACGCAAGAAUGGAUGGACAAUCGGCUGGCUCAGGCUCAGGCUCUGGCCCUGUUGGAUAAUGAAGAUUGACGCUGGGGCGGACCCAGGGUUGGGCUUGUCGCCCUAAUGAAAAUGAAUUAAACCCCAAUCUGGCAAAACAAUGAGAGACGUUGGCAAAAACCAAAGAAAACAAACAUAAAUUACUUUUAGACUGUGUUGUCGCUAAAUGAAACCCCAAACAUUGAAGCAAACUCACGAGAGAGCAUAUUGUAUUUUUAGAGUUCAACUACGAGACCCUUAGACAGGGUCUAAAAACCAAGUUAUAGUACAUAAAUUUAAAUAUAAAUAUAAACAUAAAUAUAUGUAUGUAUAUGGGUAUAUCUUUGUGUGUGUACGACGAGUAUUAUGAGCUAGUCGAAUACGAAAAUCCAUAAAUGGAAAUCAUAUCAUAAAAUGCAUAUGUCUAAACCCCUUCCCCGUCCCCCUCCACAACCCCAAAAACCGCGAAAUGCAAACCUAUUUACGACGAAGAAAUGAAACCAAAACGUAUUUUUCAAUAAAUAAAACUGUGUAAAUCGAAAUCGAAA